CAAGCUCCGGCACGGUUCAGGCGAGUUCAGUCGCGCCAUUCGGCCGUGGUGUUCACGUGCCAUCGCAAGCUAGCAAUACGUCUGUCGUUUCGUCGUCCAUAAGAGCGGAAAAACAUACCAAAAGAGGGAAGGGAAACGGAGAACGAGAAAGAGAGGGAGUGAGGCAAGUGGAUCGCACGCGUUCGAUGUUCCCGCUCGGAGAGGCCUGCCACGAUCGCAAGAAUGCCUAAUGAAAACGCGCCAGUGUGCGGGUGCGGAGUUGUGGUCGAUCUGCCGAAAUCACGAAGUGGCGCCCUGUCCUCGAGGAAGCUUACGAUCAGAAUAUCGAAGUCGAAGGGUAGCAAGUCGGACGGGCGGGCUGCCAAGAAACAACAAGACGACGCUCGUGGGAAGAGCAGAAGUUCUGAAACAGGAAGCUGCAGCUCGGUGACAGAACAGGCUAGACCAGUUACGAAAAGUAGCAAACACGAGAAGCGGUUGAAUCACUCGAGGAGAACCCGGAGCGCAGACAGAGCGGAGUCGCACUAUACUUAUAUAGAUUCUGGCUCGAGCAUACUCAGCGGCGGGAUUCGGGAAAACGCUAUAGCGGAGGCGCUGUAUGCCACCAUUCCAGACACGCCGAACGCGAGCGCCAACGAAACCGGAAAUAGUCAAUUAAAUGCGCAAAGUAGAUCGCAACCCGUUUACGCCAUUCCUUCUAUGGUAUCGCCGCCGCCCACCUAUGACGUGGCGAUCUCGAAAACGUGGCAGACCGGAUUGCCACCCACCUACGAGGAAUACCUGUGUCACAAAUACGCCAUGAUAUCGCGAUCCCAUACACCACCUCCUCCAUGGUCAGAUUCUACGACAGCGACGACGACACCUACGGCACCGAACGUUCAGACGCGUCGCGAAUUGUUGGCCAGUCAGCCCGAACUCAGAGAAUAUUUGGCGCAGUUGUCACUUUCUCAGAACAACGAGAGAUCCAUUGGCCAUCACCACCACCAUCAGGGAACCGUUCUGCGAGAUAGCAGCUACCUCUCGAACCAGCAAGUCUCGAGGGAGCAAGUGAGGACGCAACAACGUCCACGAGCUAUGCCUCCCAGAUCCCAAAGCGAAAGCCGUGUGCAGCAGCAAAGAAUCGCGACGAUGUACGAGGAUGGCGCGUUCUGCAUGGAAACGACCGCGUUGCAAUCAGCAUUCGAAAACGGGAUAGCUCUGUGCAGCUUGAUGUAAGCCACAGCGAAGAUCCGCGUAGCGAUCCGAGACGGAACAUAGCCAGAGAAUUGCACCGAUUCGAAAAAUCGAGGCGUCUCUAUUCGCGACCGUUAGAAGAGAAGAAUUUCAUCGUGGAUGCAACGAAGCCCGUCAAGGUUCCGGCGACAAAUCCCUCGAUCGACUUUGGUAUAAUCGAUCACGCCCCUCGAUCCCUUUUUCUUUUUUCCUCCUUUUAACUUGCUAUUCCUUUCAUCGAGUCCGGGUAGAAUUAGAAACGUGAAAAGUUUCGAACUAGCACGACUACCGUGAAAUGACCGAUAAUUAAGUGUAACUUUUUCGCUCGACUUUAUCCAGAGGAGAAACGAAAUCGAUGGACGUCCACGAGCACGAAAGGGAUUUCGAAAGUUGGGCGAGCGUUCGGAAUUUUUUAAGGCUAGUUGGAAACUUCCCAGACGGCCGGAAGUCGCCGGAGAUCCUCCAAGUUUUUCCAACCAUGCUGGACUUAAUCUGUUAGAGGAACGGCAGUGGGGAAACUUCCGAGAAACCGCGAGGAUCUCGAGGAAACUGUCAACGUUAUCCACGCAAAAAAUCCCGAGAACGCUCGAAACUUUCGAGUUUGCUCUCCACGACAUCGUCUAACGCUUCUCCGUCGAAAUUCUGGACGUUCAUAGAACUCCCGUUGGUGUCUUUAACGGGGAAGACUCUUCGCUAAGGAUGGCUUCAACCGGCUCGACUAGGUGGUCGACCAGUGAGAAAUUUUAGUAAGUCGCUUUGUGUAAAUGCAAAUUUAGUCGACUAACUUAAUCGAUGUCAACGAGUGCCAGGUAGAAAAACGUAGUUGAGAUUUAAAAAAGUAGGUUUUACUCACCUACGUAUCUAAAUUUUUGUGUUUGUAUACGAAAAAUUUACCCAUCACUCGAUCCUUAAUCGACUUUCGACUGAGCUAGCCUAAAUUUUCACUUACACAAAGCGACUCCUUACUUGCCAUUCGACUUACUCAGUCGACUCGUCUGUAGUCAUCCUAAGUGAUGAGAUUCUGUGUUCUUCGCACAAAUCUUUCUUCGAGCAAAUAACCUAGUGUAUGUAACAGGUUGGUUCAUAAGUUGUGCUGUUCUAUUUAUUAGAAAUUUGAUAUGAAGUACCGCCGCUGUUUUUCAUCGUCUUUUGUCAGCCGAAAACUUCAAAUUUUCUGUACCUAAGCUACCACACCUAUUUGAUAAAAAUAGUAUGUAGAAACUUUUGAUAAAAAUUUCUCCUCUGGAACUUAGAAAAUCAUCUUUUU